AUGCUAUCUUUGAACGUUACGCCGCCGACCCUUUCGUACGAGGGCCUCGACCGUGUUCUUGCUUUUCAGGCCUACCUCUCCCCAAGUGUCACGCGAAAGAGGACAAGGCAUACUCUUCCGACCUCAUUUGUCUCUGCCGUACAGUGGAAUGAGUCGCAUCAGCGCAUCGUAGUCAGUUGGUCUAAUCACAUUCCGUCCGAUCCCCUCGAGCAGGAACUGAUGCACCCCAUGCACAGAAUCAUCGAAAGGGUACAAAAUGCGGUGUCUACGCCAACAGAUGGAAGACGGACGAUCAGUUCAGACAUCUUGGAUGCAUACGAGUACGUUGAGAAUUUGGCGUUCCACCGCAUAAUCAGUCUCCUAAGUUCGCUGUUCCUGCUGUGCCCGUCUCUACGCCCACUGGACGAUGACAAACCGAACGAAGCGAGCCUCGAUAUCGAACGUGGAGCAAAAUUAGGUUUUUCCUUGGGUGUCUUCUACCGCGUUGUCAUGGAAGGCGGCAGCGUACCCAGGCACAAGCUCUGCGAGUACAAAAUUAAGGCCGCUUGGAAGACUCACAAGAAAGUAUGUGGGAAACUAGGACAGCGAGAGCAGGCGUUACCGGUAUAUAUAAUCGAUUUAGCGCCAUCUUCUGGUUCACUUAUUUGGUUCAGUCGCAGGAAAGUCAGUCUCGACAAGUUUACGUGGGAGAGAUUCGCAGAAAGGCUUGAAACCCAGACUGCGCCGAUAGCCAUGUUAAGAGAAGACAUGCAGCCAAUGGACGAACAAUCUAGGCGGCAGCUUUGGGAUACCAUAAAGCGUGUAGAGAGAGGAUUACAGCUUAGUCUCGGAUAA